UAUGCAAAGAGUAGAAUAACACAAAAAUGUUAACAGAUGAUUCAAAAUAUUACACUGUGGUUAGUGUCGCGUUGUUAGAUUAUUAAAAGUUUUCGUUGAAAUGACUAAUAUUUUAUAAAUUGCUUGAAAGUUUUUAAAAGAGUUAAGCACGUAAAAUUAAAUAGUUAUUUUUGAUUUAUCAUGAAUUUUGUUUGCCUGCUGUGGUUUUUUGCAAGUUUUUUUGAAGCAAUCAAAACCGAAUCGAUUCUUACGACAAUAUGCUUUGGAGAUGUUAAAACACUAACAUGUGAAGAUGGAAACGAAGUUGUCAUACAGGGAGCUUUCUACAAACCUCUCAAUAAAAAUUCCUCUCUAUGUAUGCACGCCAAUAACAGCGUGCCACCGUGUCGAGUGCCUCGAUUAGAAAAUUUCCUAGGAAGUAACUGCCAUGGUAAAAACGAAUGUUUGUUGGAGUAUCAAGACAAAACUGGUGUACAGAAAGGGGAUUGUCAAUCAACAUUGUAUUUAAACAUAGAGUACAAAUGCGUUGAGCAAAAUGAAAACGAGACAGAGAACAUCCUUCUUCAACAUUCAACAUCAAAAUUUACACCAACAUCGGUAACUGACACCGUCACUUCGAAAGACACAGGUUACAAAGGCUUUGGAUAUUUAUCUUUGGCACGUUUGUUUCUGGAGUUUAAAUUGAUGACAUCUUAUAUAGCAGACCACCAUCGUUACGCAAUCCUGUACGGGAUGAUAAGCCUUGCUGUUGGAAUGUUGUUCUUUAUCCUCUUCGUGGCUUGUUUAAUGUUAUGUGGGAGAUGUUGCAAAAAAAGCGGAAAAUUUGAUGUCGAAGAUGGCGAACGUUCGAUCGAAGUUUCGGCACCUGUCACUCCGGCUACGAUUCCACCGUCAAAUUUCGAGACGGUAUUAGUGACCCGUCAAAACGGUGUGCCGUUAUCGGAAACUACAUUGAGUAGCGACAGUACGUUAACAACGCGAAGGUCAUCGAAUGGAAAAACGGACCAUCACGUUAUAAGCACGAUACGGAGAACUCACUCGAUCGAUGAAGGAACACAAACGGACCACGAGGACAUCGAAUCUAUCGAUCUUAAGCCACAGACGCUUUCGUUUGAAGAAGAGAAAGAGCUCGGUCACCUUGUCAACACAAUGAACUUUUACAACCGUCGUUUGGACGACGAUUUUUACAUUCCACCAAAAAAGAACACACAGGUUAAAAACAUCAAUAACCCUCAAGAUCGAACGAGGUUUUUUUAUUCCAAACCGUCUGAUACAAAACCAUUGUUAACUCAGCCAAAUUCUUCGAGUGAUAAUUACUCGCCAAAUGAAGAUUAUUCGUCUGACGAAAGAACGAAGUUUCUUUCGCAUAAGAAAUAUAAAUUGCGAAAUCCAUCGGAAGUUUCGUAUGAAACCAGUACCAGCAACGCCAGCGAUGGCAGUACAGACCCUUACUCGCCUGAUUCUAUAUUUAACGGUGAUACUUUAAGACAUAAUUCGAGGCCACGUACACCACGGACUCCCAAACUCGGGGUGCGAGGGGAUGGCUUUGAUUUUAUACAAAAUGGAUCAAGACACAAAAAUUAACUUUUAAAGUUCUUUUAAAUUUUACUUAGUUUAUUGCUUGUAGAAAUCUUGUACAUACAUACAUAUAUUUAGAUGAUUGAAAAUAUAUAACCAUCAACCUGC